CCCCCGCGCCGCCCCCCGCCUCCUUCCCCGCAGAGGCCAAGGACAGCCAGCGCGCAGCUAGGCCCCGCGUCUGGGUCAGUUGUCCACUCCCGCAAGUUCUUCUUGCCCGCCUCGGCCUCAGACCGAGGAUUUAAAGGCCCCUCUCGGCGGAAUGGAAGGGAAAGGAGCCCCGGCCGGGAAGGAGAGCUCCUAGCGGCCGCCAGAGGGGAGGGAGGGAGGAAGGACCGACCUCGUCUCUCGCGCCGUCGUAUUUUUAUUUUAAACCGCCCCCCCCCGCCGCCACAACAGCCACAGCCACCACUUCCCUCUUAAAUUCUCUGCUGCAACUUAAAAUCGGUACCUACCUGCUCGCCGACAAGGAAAGGAAGCAGAUUUUCCCCUGGCCUGUUGGAGCCGCCGACUUUAUAAAUAAGUUCCUCACGCUAGUCAAGCAAGGAGCAGCCUUCCCUCUUGAGCGCAGGCCCCCCAGCCCAUUUUGCUGUCAGAUAUCAAUUGUGAAGGGGAAGGGGACGCUUGACAGGCAGAGGAAACGGGAUAGUAUCAAACAGCUGUCCGAGAGGAGGACCCGCAGCAGUUUUAAAGGAAAAACAAAUACUCCUUGGGAUAAACGAAAAAGAUGCUUGUUCCCUAAGAUUUCUCAUAGGGUGUGUGUUAGCUUGAAGAAAAUAAGGAACUCUUAAUUACCAAAGGAGGUGAAAGUUGUUCCCAUUCAUAGCUACUCGCCAACAAAGAAAAAGGAGGAGAAAAGACUGACAUCUUUCAAGCCUAGUCAGCAGGAGAGAGGAGGAAUAUAUAUACCUGUAGCUUAAGGGUUUGGAAACCCAAAGCUGAUCUCUACCUCUGUGUUCACAACUCAGAAAAAUCCACAGCAGCAUCACUUUUGAGCAUGAGGCCUAUGUGCAGAGUGUGAAGGACAUCUCUCGUUGAAAUAAGUCCAGACGCAUCCACUGCAGAAAAUCUUAACUAGACACUUUUGCCUCCAGCAUCAUGGCCUCUGAUCUGGAAAGCAGCCUCACUUCCAUUGAUUGGCUCCCACAGCUCACUCUGCGAGCCACUAUUGAGAAAUUAGGGGGUGCCUCCCAGUCAGGUCCCCCAGGGGCCGGUCGGAAGUGCUCUCCUGGCUCCCCCACUGACCCCAAUGCCACCUUGAGCAAAGAUGAUGCUGCAGUCCACCAGGAUGGGAAGCCGCGCUACAGCUAUGCCACUCUGAUCACUUACGCUAUCAAUUCAUCCCCGGCCAAGAAGAUGACCCUCAGUGAGAUCUAUCGCUGGAUUUGUGACAACUUUCCCUACUAUAAGAAUGCUGGCAUUGGGUGGAAGAACUCCAUUCGUCACAAUCUGUCUCUGAAUAAAUGCUUUCGGAAAGUGCCUCGCCCUCGGGACGACCCUGGAAAGGGUUCUUACUGGACCAUAGAUACCUGUCCUGAUAUUUCCCGGAAGAGGCGUCACCCAGCAGAUGACGAUCUGUCCCAGGAUUCCCCAGAGCAAGAGGCAAGCAAGAGCCCCCGGGGGCCUGUUUCUGUUGGGGCAGAAUCAUCGCUGUCCCCCGAAUCCACCCAGCAGCUAUCCUUGCAAAGCACACCGCCUAUUGGCAAUUACAGUCAGCAGAGCACAGGGCCUGUGGAUGUGGCAGCAACAGUGGCUGGCGGUCAGAGCCGUGAAGGUCCAGAUGUGCCACCUCCACAUUACAGUAACAGCAACGACUUGAAAUUCUCCUAUUCUGAGAUCAACUUCCAGGACCUGAGCUGGUCCUUCCGAAAUCUCUAUAAAUCCAUGCUUGAGAAAUCCUCCUCAUCCCAGCAUGAUUUCUCUUCCCUCCUGGGUGACAUGCAGCCCUCCAACCACAAUUACUAUAUGUACCACCAGCAGCAGGUGCCCUCCUCGGUGGGAGCUGCACCCCCCCUCCACACUCCAACCUCAGAAGGCUGUCCAUCCCAGGGUGGCAAGCAGCAAGGAGGUGACAGCUAUGGCCCCCCACCUGUGAUGUCCAUUCACCCCUCUUCAAUGCAGCAUGGAGGAUAUCACCAGCAUCAGCACCACCACCCGCACUCCCAUUCACAGCAGCAGCAGCAACAGCAACAACAACAGCAACAGCAGCAAUCACAAGCUUCCAUGAAUAAUGCUAGCUUUGCAUUUCCCCCUGAGUGGUGCUCCAACAUAGAUUCCCUAAAAGAAAGUUUCAAGAUGGUGAAUCGGCUGAACUGGUCUAGCAUUGAGCACUCCCAGUUCUCAGAGUUGAUGGAGAGUCUGCGCCAGGCUGAGCGUAAGAACUGGACUCUAGAUCAGCAUCACAUUGCCAACCUCUGUGACUCCCUCAAUCACUUUCUCACCCAGACCGGUCAGCUCCCUCACCUGGGAGGCCCACAGCAGCUUCCCCGAAUCUCCGAGUCCUGUGCCAUGAAUAGUGGCAAACAAGAGCAGCCCAUGAACCAAGUGAACUCUUACGGUCAGCCACAGCCUCCCCAUCUCUACUCUGGGCCAUCUCCAAUGUACCAGAUUUCCACCCAGGACACGCCAGGGUAUAAUCGUCCAGGUCAUCAUCUGGUUCCACGGCCGCCUCCAGGUGCCAAUGAGGAAAUCCCUGAUGAUUUCAACUGGGAUUUGAUCACCUAGCAAGUUACAGACUUGAUAGCACAUCCCUCAUGUAGGGUAUGGGAAGGGGAGUCUGGGGUUUGGGUCACAAGACCAGCACCUUCAGCCUCUUUCCUUGCCUGUAUAUAGAUAUAUAUUCUCUACUUCCGCCAGAGAAGCUGCCGCAAGAUGCUGCCGAAGAUAAUCCUUCCUUGCGCUCCCUGUUUUACCUUAUUUUCUUCUUCUUCUUUAUUAUUAUUAUUAUUAUCAUCAUCAAUAAUAGUGCACAGCCCUUCUGCUCCAUCUUCCAGCUUCGGAUUUUAUGUGUUUACUGGCACCCUGUGUGGGAUGGAGGGUAGGAAAACUGUUUUUUGGUGUCAUGAGAAGACCUCGGAAGGAGGAAUUCUUGAUGGCAUCUUUCUCUUCCUGCAUCACCUGCGUUUUAACAAUCCUGCUUUCCCUUCAAGGUGGCCAGUGACUGUUUUAUUGGCUACAAAAGUGAGAGAGCCCCGUGAAUCUUGAAAGUCUGUAAUAAUUAUGUUCUUUCUUAAAUGUUGUAAGGGGGGGAGGGGAGGGGGAGGGUUAGACUGGCGUUGAAAGGAGGUCUGUGAACUUUCUCACACCAGCAGGAGCAGCAGGAUUAACAAGUGCACAGAAUAUGAGGCUCUGGGUGUGGAGAAUAGCUGGAAUAUUGGAGUUUGACAGAGACAGGCUUACCUUCGUGGAAGGUGAGGACUUCCCUCUAGCUGAAACAUUGUGGUUACGAGUCUGCUGCUUGGUAGGGACUGAGUGUCUGGUAUAGACGAUGGGGGCCUUUACCUUUUUUCUACACUGCCUUUUUCAAUCACUGCCAUUUUGCACUUUCCCCCUCGGCAGACGAUGAAAGCUUGACAGGUCUGGCUUGUAUCCGCAUCAUGUGGCUUGGGUACCAAGAUCGAACCAGAAUCCUCAGGGCUUGUCUUAUCACAGUUCCGCCCCCCUCCUGCUGCCUUCUCUCAUAAUGCAGUAAGGCUCUUAUUUGAAUAUGCAGAUAAGACAUAAAAAUCAAGAAGUAACUUCUCUACCCUGCAAGGUUUUGUUUUUCAACUCCUGAAUUUGACUUCCUCUCAAUUCUCUAGAAAGUGUUGUGGCUUGUGAUGCAAGAGUAAGAGCUGAGGGUGUCUUGUCUGCCUUAUAUAAAAUAAGCAACUGGUGGUCCCUGUUUCAUGGAUAAACUUAAGGUGAAAGGAGGAAUGUAAUGCUGAGCAGAGCUUGGUGGGUGGAGGGUUUAAAGCUUUCUGGUAGAGGCUAAGUGAUUGUGGAAUAUCUCUGUGAAGAAGAUGCCGAAAGUGUAUAGCUGGAAUAGGAGGGGAAGUUGGAAGGGCCCUUCCAAGUCACGUGGGGUCAGGAAGGGCAGAAGCUCAGUUGUAUGGCAGUCCUUAGGAGACAAGGAAGAAGAAGGGUGCCAGUGUAGGAUUGAAUUUUGAACUGGAUCUGGCUAGGUGACCUCUUUGCUGCUUUGUUUUCAGUUUCUAGUGUGACUCUCUUUUGCCAGACCUCUUGUUAAUCUGCAUACUCUUUCAGCUGCAAGCCUGCUUUGUGUGAAGAGGAAACUUAAGUUGGAAGCAAAAAACAUCAUAGGAAAGUGCUGUGCCCGAGGGUGGGAAGGUUCUGUAGCACUGCUUUUAACUCACUGUUCCAUUGGAUUUUGGAGGGAGGGAAUUUUUGGUUGUUGGGGAAUGGGGCCAUCAUUGUGUGUACUGAGAGGAGUAUAAAAUCCCUGAGCUGAAUUCCUGGAGGAGUUUUAAUGGUUGUCUACACUGUCCCAAGAUGAGAAUGAUGUGACCAGGAACAGGAGAUUCUUGUUGGCGAGUGUCUGUGGAACCCGCUGUAGAGAUGACUUCUCCUCCAGAUGCCAGCUGGUGCUUUUUACAAGAAGUUUUCGAAGAAUAAAAUCCACAGAAGGUGGAGGGAAUAAAAGAUCACUCCUAUAGGUAUUUAAAGGCGCCUUGUUUGCAUAUGUAAAUAUAUGCCAGUCAGUGUGCAAAUUAGCCACAUCCUCCCUUUUGCCUCUGAAUUAACUGCAUCAUUCUCAAGUGGGUUAGUAUUGGAAUGGACACAUGAAGUCAUAGACUCAGCACUGGAAUUCUGCACUGUGAGCAGCUGACACAGCCUGUCCUGGAAAAGCAAGGGUCAGCAGCACAGAGGGCUGGCCGGCCAGCCUGCCUGCCGCGGAGAGAAAUCCCUCGUCUGCCCCCCCGCUUCAGUGCAGCCCACAAUGCUUUAUGUCAAGGAGAUGGGAGAGGGGUGUGGCCUCACAGAUUUAUUUUUUUUUGCAUGCUUUCUUAAUUAAAAAAGUGAAUGUUUAUGGUUUAA